GUAUUCGUUAUAGUCUGGACGUUAGUGUGGAUGAAGUGAAAGCCUUAGCAUCUCUAAUGACAUACAAAUGUGCUGUUGUUGAUGUGCCAUUUGGUGGGGCAAAGGCUGGUGUCAAGAUCAAUCCCAAGAACUACACAGACAAUGAAUUGGAAAAGAUCACAAGAAGGUUUACCAUGGAGCUGGCGAAAAAGGGCUUUAUUGGACCUGGUGUUGAUGUGCCUGCUCCUGACAUGAGCACAGGGGAGAGGGAGAUGUCCUGGAUUGCCGACACCUAUGCCAGUACUAUAGGACACUAUGAUAUUAACGCACAUGCAUGUGUAACUGGUAAACCCAUCAGCCAAGGGGGGAUCCAUGGGCGUAUAUCUGCAACUGGUCGCGGUCUCUUCCAUGGAAUUGAAAAUUUCAUCAAUGAAGCAUCAUAUAUGAGUAUAUUAGGAAUGACUCCUGGCUUUGGGGAUAAAACAUUUGCUGUUCAGGGAUUUGGUAAUGUGGGCUUGCAUUCUAUGAGAUACUUGCAUCGUUUUGGAGCCAAGUGUGUUGCUGUUGGAGAGUUUAAUGGUUCUAUCUGGAAUCCUGAUGGGAUUGACCCAAAGGAACUAGAAGAUUACAAAUUGCAACAUGGGACAAUUAUGGGCUUCCCUAAAGCACAGACACUUGAGGGCAGCAUUCUGGAAACUGACUGUGACAUUCUCAUCCCUGCUGCCAGCGAGAAGCAGUUGACUAAGGCCAACGCUCACAAGGUUAAAGCAAAAAUUAUUGCUGAAGGUGCCAAUGGGCCUACGACUCCUGAAGCUGACAAAAUCUUCUUGGAGCGGAAUAUCAUGGUUAUCCCUGACCUUUACCUGAACGCUGGUGGCGUAACAGUAUCCUAUUUCGAGUGGCUGAAAAACUUGAACCACGUCAGCUAUGGCCGCUUGACUUUUAAAUAUGAAAGGGAUUCAAACUACCACUUGCUCAUGUCUGUCCAGGAAAGCUUGGAAAGAAAAUUUGGGAAACAUGGUGGAAGUAUUCCAGUUGUGCCUACAGCAGAAUUUCAAGAUAGGAUAUCGGGUGCGUCCGAGAAGGACAUAGUCCACUCUGGGUUGGCUUACACAAUGGAGCGUUCUGCCCGGCAAAUCAUGCAUACUGCCAUGAAGUACAACCUGGGUCUGGACCUAAGAACAGCUGCCUACGUCAAUGCAAUUGAGAAAGUCUUCAAAGUGUACAAUGAGGCUGGCCUGACCUUUACAUAGACAGGCGGUUACCGCUCCUUACUGUAUCCCACCCCUCUCGCCAUUAAUGUACCCUCUUCUUGAGAAAGCUUAUCACAAGUUUACAUGUAACCACAAGAUUUUCUUUUCUUCUGACAUUAUAGUGGAUUCUUUUCUCAAUUAGUUUCAGUCCAACCUAGUCUUUUUUUUACAAUAAAAAAAUCCAUGGAUUAGGAAA